GGUGUUUCCCUCAGGUGCCGCCAGGCAGCGAGGCAAGAAGAUGGAGUAUUUAGAGAUGUGUACCCGUAAAAACAUGCUCAGCAUGGCCACGGGAGCCGGGGCUAUCUACCUGCUCUACAAGACCAUCCGAGCAGGACUGAACAGCCCCCCCUUCAGCCUGGAGCCUGUCAGCAUAGCCAGACUCGCCAUAGAGCCUGGGAAUUUUGGUGUGAAAGAUUCCGGAGAGCUGCGGAGGCUGCUGGUUUCCCUGAACCAGAAGCAGGACGAUUAUGCCAAGAGCAUGAUAUUACACAGCAUCACCCGCUGCGUUUACCUGCUGGAGUCAGAGGCCUCAGCCUGUACCUAUGAGGACAUCAGACAGGUGGCCUCAGCCUUGGAUGACAAAGAUAAAGGCAUCAAAAUCCAGGCGUUAAAUGCCCUCAAGGCAUUUGCUGGUAUCCGGAAGUUUAAAAUUAAAAUCCAGGAGUUUGUGCCCAAGAUCCUGGAGCUGGUCACCACCAUCUGGGACACGGAGCUGCACAUUGCUGGCCUGAGGCUGCUGAACGGCUUGCCCUUGCCGGAUCACACCCACCCGCUCCUGAGACGGAUUAUACCCUCCUUGAUGGAGAUCCUGCAGACGGGGAGCACUUUGACCCAGGUGCAGGUGCUCAAGCUGCUGAGCAACCUGGCCCAGAAAGAAGACCUUCUGUAUGACAUCAUGAACUGCCAGGUGCACCACGACUUCCUGAACCUCUUCCACGCCUCGCUGCCCGGCAACCUGCUCUAUGAGAUGUUGGUGUUCGUGGAGAAGCUGAGCGAGGGGCGCCUGACCCCGCAGUACCAGUCGGUGCACUGGGAGUACAAUGAGCUGUCCCUCCACGAGGCGCUCUUUGGAGAGGAUUCUCACCUGGCUGACCGCCUGCUCUCCCUCAUCAUCCACCCAGAGGAGGAGGUGCAGAUCCAGGCCUGCAAGGUCAUCCUGAGCCUCCAGCUCUGCAAGGAGGAGGAGGUCAAAUUCAGCAGGCAGCGCAUCGAUGGCUCCUACUUCGAUGAGGACGACAAUCCCUGAGCUGGCUCGCGGUGGG